AUGAAGGAUCUUGGACAUCUCAAAUACUUCCUUGGAAUGGAAGUUGCUCGGUCCAAGGAAGGUAUUGUUAUAUCUCAAAGAAAAUACAUCUUGGAUCUCUUAAAAGACAUUGGCCUUCUUGGGUGCAAACCAGCAGAAACACCCAUGGAUCCAAACAAAAAUGGGUGUAAUGAGGAAGAACAAACCCCAGUGAACAAAGAUCACUAUCAUCAACUUGUUGGCAAAAUCAUUUAUCUCUCUUACACUCGUCCUGACAUUGCAUAUUCUGUAAGCAUUGUGAGUCAACACAUGAAUGAACCAACUAAAGAUCACUUAGAAACAGUCAAACGUAUUCUAUGGUAUCUCAAGAUGACUCCCAGUUUAGGCCUAUAG